AUGCAGCUCCUCGAGGCGAAACUCAAGAGCACUGGCGUGUCCUCCAAGACAUCCGCUGCCUCUACCCCAGCACCCGAACCUGCCGAAACUCCAGCUCUGUCACAGACCGCUGCUGCCGGCGAGAGUGACGAAGAGGAGGGUGGCCUAUUUGGCAACAUGCUGGACGAGCCCGCCGAGCCUGCCGACAGCAGCCAGGUUUCGGCCAACACAACCAUCCAGGUGCGAUCAAUGCCGAUUCCGAAGCAGUUUUCGUUCACAGGCAACACUGCCAAGGCUCUUCUCCGGAACGUACUUUCAAAGACCGCUGUCCUCUCGUAUGCCCGCCUGUCCGGCAAUCCACGUGUCGCCCGCGCUGGGUUGGAGGUUCGAUGGCCGUCUGGCGAGAGGAGAGUUUGGAAAAUGGACGAUAUGGCGUGCGAGAGUGUCGAGGAAAGCGAGAGUUUUAUCGCUACACAAGCGCUUCACGCCCUCACUGCGUCCGGCAAGAUUGUUGGCGUGAACUGGCGCAGCAUGCCUCCUGCUUACCGCGACCUCUGGGAGGAGCUCGAGGCCGCGCAAAAGGAAAAGGACGAUGCCGAGAAGCGCAACGUGUGGCAGAACGUCAAGCAACUCCUUGAACAAAAACUCCAGGCCAACGUCAAUGCGGUCUCGGCUGCUGCGUCGAAGACUCAGAACAAUGCUCCGGUCAACGUGAAAAAGACCACCGCUAGCCUACCGUCUUACUCAGAGGAUCUCCAACUAGCGUUUGAGAAGAGGAUCGCCUCGCCUCCCUACCAAAAGAUGCGCCGCGACCGUGACACCCUUCCUAUUGCCCCUUUCCGCGACGAGAUUAUCAAGGUGCUUGAUGAGAACCAGGUUCUUGUCUUCAGCGGUGAAACUGGUUGUGGUAAAUCCACUCAGCUUCCAUCGUAUAUUCUUGAAGACCAGCUCUCGAAAGGCAAGCCUUGCAAGAUCUUCGUUACGGAACCGCGACGUAUCAGUGCAAUCUCCCUGGCUCAACGUGUGUCCGUCGAGCUCGGUGAUGCUCCGGGCGUGGUGGGCACCAACAACUCGCUCGUGGGCUACUCCAUCCGUCUCGAAUCAAAAAUCUCCGCCAGCACUCGCCUCGCGUUUGUGACCAAUGGUAUCGCUCUCCGCAUGCUUGAGAGCGGCUCAGGCUCUGGAAACAAGGGCACGGCAUUUGAUGAGGUCACGCACAUCAUCGUAGAUGAGGUCCACGAGCGCUCCAUUGAGUCCGACUUCCUACUUAUCAUCCUCAAAGAGCUUCUGGAGGUCCGUAAGGAUCUCAAGGUCAUUCUCAUGUCGGCCACUGUGGACGCAGAGAAGAUUUCACAGUUCUUCGGAGGCUGCCCCUUCAUGCAGGUUCCCGGUCGCACGUUCCCCGUCAACGUUAACUACCUCGAGGACGCUGUAGAGCUCGCAGGCUGGCACAUUGACGAGUCGUCGCCUUAUGCUGUUUGGGAGCGCAACAAGAAGAUUGGGACGAAACGUCUCGAGUGGACGGAGGACAAUGCUCAUGAUGAAAAUGAAGAGUCUGGGGACGAAAGCAAGCCUGCCGACCCGACAAAGCUCUCGGCUACUCGCUAUUCAUCGCGCACCGUGUCCACCGUCAACCUUCUCGACUCGCGCAAGAUUCCCUAUGACCUGAUCGUUCGUCUUUUGGAGCGUAUCAACUUUGAAGACCAAGACAUGGGUCGCUUCUCUGCCGCGACUUUGGUGUUUAUGCCUGGUCUUGCCGAGAUCCGCAACCUGAACGAUACUCUUCAGUCCCAUCCUCGAUUCGGGUCGCCCGACUUUGUGAUUUAUCCCUUGCACUCGUCUAUCAGCUCCGAAGGCCAAAGUGCCGUCUUUCAGGUGCCCCCCAAGGGUGUGAGGAAGAUUGUCAUCUCCACCAACAUUGCCGAGACUGGUGUGACAAUUCCCGAUAUCACUUGUGUCAUUGACACAGGAAGGCAAAAGGAGAUGAGGUACGAUGAAAAGCGCCAGCUGUCACGCCUUGUGGAUGUGUACAUUGCCCGCAGCAACGCCAAGCAGCGUCGCGGUCGUGCCGGCCGUGUCCAGGAGGGUCUCGCGUUCCAUCUCUUCUCCAAAGCGCGUCACGAUACUCAGCUGGCGGAGCACCCCAUCCCCGAAAUGCUACGUCUCUCCCUGCAGGACCUCGCCCUGCGGAUCAAGAUCCUCAAGGUGAAAAUCGGAAACACGGUUGAAGACGUUCUAAUGCGUGCCCUGGAUCCCCCAUCGUCGAGUAACAUUCAACGCGCCGUUGCGGCGCUGGUCGAGGUCAAAGCCAUCUCAGCCAAUGAGGAGAUUACGCCGAUGGGUCGCCUGCUCAGUAAACUCCCCACCGACGUUCACCUCGGCAAGUUCCUGCUGGUAGCGACCCUCUUCAAGUGUCUCGACCCAGCGUUGACCAUUGCGGCAACACUCAACUCGAAGAGUCCAUUCAUCACGCCAUUUGGAUUCGAGUCUCAGGCCGAUGCGACCAAGAAGGGCUUCGCUGUUGGUAACAGCGACUUUUUGACUAUUGUCAACGCUUUCGACGGCUGGCGCCGUGCGUCCGAUAACCCCACCUUUGUUCGCACAUAUUGCAAGCGCAACUACUUGUCCCACCAAAACUUGCAACAGAUUGAAGAGCUCCGCCAGCAGCUUCUCUCCUACCUCAUUGACGCCAACUUUGUGCCGGCCACUCCACAGGAGAAGCAGGAGAUCUCCAAGGCGCGAUACAGCCGCGGAUCUCGUACACGUUUCGUCACUGUCCCAGCCGAGGUCAACAUCAAUGCCGCCUCGGAACAAGUGGUUGGUGCGGCCCUCGCUUCGGGCCUAUACCCCAAGAUCCUCGCCCUUGACCCCUCUGGUAGUAUCCGCACCAUCUCCAACCAGCAGCCCGUGUCCAUCCACCCCAGCUCCAUAAACUUCCGGCGGCCCAAGGGCGAGUUUGGUGUCAACCACCUCGUCUAUUUCAACCUCAUGCAGUCCAAGAAGUUGUAUGCAUGGGAAACGGGCCCCGUGGACGAUCGGGCGCUCGCUCUCUUGUGCGGAGAUGCGGUUGACAUCAAACCCUUUGCGUCCUCUGUUCAGAUUGACCGCAAGAUUCGUUUCCUCGUCGAGCCCAAGUCGGCGCUUGCCAUCAAGCGGUUGCGCGAGCAGUUUCACCUGGCCAUGUCAUCGCGGAUGCGUGGCCGCCAGAUGUCUGAGAGGCAGAGGGAGUGGUUCGAGUUGGGUCUCAAGUGCAUCGUCAUGGGCGAGUAUGACGACCAGGAAUCCAAGGUCGUCAUCACAUAG